AUGAAAUUACUAACCAUUUAUCUGAGUUUCAUCUUCUUUGGCUUCACGUACGCCAGUGGAGGAUAUGUGCGACACAAGAAAGGUGACUACAUUGGUAUGGCAUGCACGACAGCUCUUGUGGCCACUUUCUGUAAGGUAAAAAAGGGCAAUUGCGCCUGUACCGAUAUUAAUGCCUUAGGUUCCUACGUUUACUGUGGAUACCAAGAGGCCCAGAGCGAGAAAGACUCUAAAGCUUUUGAAGAUUACCUCAUUGAAUCCUGCGAUGGAAUGACCAGGGCCAAGAUGGAAGCCGCGUAUGAAAAUGUCACAAAUUAUCUAGUUGACUCAAGCACAGUGCAUGGCUUCAACAAAACUCAGGUGAUCAACUACCCCAUCUACUAUAAUAAAAAAACAUUCAAGUACGCAUAUGCUUCAAACAGAGAUAGAUGGCAGAAUUUCGACCGUGCUGUCGCCUGGGGAGGUGGAUUAAUGGGAUUCUGGGCUUUAUUGGUGCUCUUUGGAGGUGUCGAUCACUGGUUCUCGAGAUUCUUCCCAACUUUCUCAAUGAGAAUUAAAAGUUCGGUAGGCUGGUGGAGCGGUAUACGUCUGCUAAGAAAAUAUAUCACCUUGCCAGCUCUAUUGAAUAACAAACAUAUGACCAGGAACUUCAUGCAGGGUGUGAUUCCUACAAGACUGGAGACUAUUGUGCUUUGUCUCUUUUUCUGUUUGGUUGUCAUAAGUGAAGCUACUAAUAUCCAUUUCUUGCCAAACGAUACUAUCUGGGCAGACAAAAGAAUUCAGUUGAGUAGAUAUGUUGGUGAUAGAAGCGCUGUGAUCACGAUUUUUCUGAUGGUGCCCACGUAUUUGUUCGCAGGCCGUAACAAUUUCCUACUAUGGAUCACCGGUUGGAAACAAUCGACCUUCUACACUUACCACAAGUGGUUAGCUCGUACGACGAUCUUCUCUGCGUUCACACAUACCAUAGCUAUGUUGAUGAACUCCAUAUGGUUCAACAAGAUUCAUACCAGAAAAGAUACAGCUUGGUGGAGAUGGGGUUCAGUGGCAAUGGUUUGUGGAGGAAUAAUGUUUUUCCAAUCUAUGGCUUUCUUAAGAACGGCUUGUUACGAGCUUUUCCUAUACAUCCAUAUUCUCAUGGCAGUUUUCUUCCUCUGUGGAGCUUGGAUACAUUUAGAAUCCUUUUCGUAUGGCCAAUGGGCUUACGCUGCAGCUGCUUUUUGGUGUUUUGACCGAUUCAUGAGAAUAGCGAGAAUUGCCUCCAUGGGAAUCAAGACUGCUCAAGCGACGAUUGUCUCUGAUGAAAUACUGGUGCUCACCAUGCCUCAUGAUUUCAAAUUGAAGAAACCUACACCUGGUUCAUUCGGGUAUAUUCAUUUCUGUAAGAGCUGGCUUUUCUUCCAAUCACACCCCUUCACGGUCCUGAAGGACGAAGAUGGUACGAUUAAGUUCUUAAUAAGGAUCAAGAACGGUGUGACCAGACGCCUUUACUCCAGACUGUUGAAUGAGCCAGAUAAUUCCUGCCAGAUCAAAGUGGCAAUCGAAGGUUUUUACGGAGAAUACAAACCUGCGUUUGCCUACGAUCAAGUGAUAAUGGUUGCUGGUGGUAACGGUAUUCCAGGUCUCUAUGAAUACAUUUCCGACAUUCAUCAAAAGAAGCUUGCGGGCAACAGCAAGACCAAAUUUAUCAAACUUUACUGGGUCAUUAGAAACUGGCAUAGUUUGGAUUGGUUUGUUGACGAAUUGAAAGCGCUUCAAAAAUACGAUUUCAUCGAAACUGUUAUUUAUGUGACCAAGUAUCACGACGGUAAGAUUGGUUCAAGAUUCGACACUAACAGUACCACCGAGUCUUUAUCAGAGGGUGACAGCAAACACGAUGAGAAACUUGAUGACAACGAGAAGGUGAAUAGUAUAGACACUUACCCAUGGUUAGAACCUAUCGUUCGUGAGUUACCUCAUGUUAUUUUCAAAGACGCAAGGCCCAACCUACCUCAAUUACUACGCCAGGAUAUAGAAGAAAGUGGAGGCCAAGACAAUAUUGCAGUCAUGACCUGUGCCCACAAUGCCAUGUGUGACGACGUGAGAAAGACCAUCGCGCACGAAGCUGGAGAGCCCAGAGGUGGCAGAAUCGAACUCUUCGAGUUGCUACAGACUUGGUAA